AUGUAUUCAACAACACUGUUAGUUAGAUUAUAUAUGGUCUAUACAAUCAUAUGGCAGCGCCAGCAACGGCACAACUAUAUGGCCAAUCGUACACCCGUACCGACAAAACAGUCAUACGAUUAUAUAGUAGUCGGAGGCGGUAGUGCCGGUGCUAUAGUAGCCUGUCGUCUAUCCCAAUGGUUUGACCAGUCGUUUAAUAGUACGCUAACCAGUAAUGUACUGUUGCUCGAGUCGGGCGGCGCACCCGAUGCCCUGUUCGACGAUAUACCGGCACUGGGAUUGCCGUAUAUGUCGUUGCAUACAUCAAGCUACAGGUUUGUCACUAUUGAACCACAGAAACAUGUCGGACACUCCUAUCCGAACAAUGGCCGUGAAGUGGAAGUAUGGGGACGUGUUUUAGGUGGUUCCUCAACAGUCAACGGUAUGGGCUAUAAUAGAGGUAAUCGUAAAUACUAUGAUAGUAUAGUCGAAAAAUACGGGGCCAUUGGCUGGGAUUAUUCAAGUGUAUUGCCAGUAUUCAAACUAAUGGAAAACAAUACCGAUCCCCGGGUUAGCGAUGACUAUCAUGGACGGGAUGGACCCGUAGGUGUGUCGACACCCGAACUAUUGGAUCCAAUAUUUCUUAAACAAUCGCAAAUAGUUCAAAGUGAAUGGGGUUUACAGUUGAUUGAUAUUAACGGUUCAAAUCAAUCGGGGUUUGCUAUCGGCCAGUUUACUUAUGCACAGGGAAUCCGAUCAUCAACCAAUAGUGCAUAUCUGGAAAAUACAAAAUUGUGUCCAAAUUUGACUAUAGUUACCGGUGCACUGGUAUCUAAAGUAAUUAUUGAUGAUAAUAAAACUACUACUACUACUACUACUACUAAUGCUGAUGAUGGCAUCGGCAGCAGCCGUUGGCGGGCACUGGGAGUUGAGUUUUCCAAACAAAAUCAAACGUUUCGUGUUAUGGCAAACAAAGAGGUUAUACUAUCGGCAGGUCCGAUAUCCAGUCCGCAGAUACUAAUGCUAUCGGGUGUGGGACCAGUCAAACAUUUAAACGACAUGUCCAUCAAUAAGGUCUACUCGGAUCUGCCGGUCGGCGAUAACUAUUGCAAUCAUAUUGUUGUCCGACUGGACUUUCCCAUACUUUUACCAUCAUUAGUACAGCCAGUACUAUCCAUAGAUAAUAGUACACAAUUAAUUGAGUCGACACUAUGGGGACAGGGAGCUAUGGCUCAGACCCUAUCGACUAUAACAUAUUUAUCAAGCAAACACAAUCCGGAUCCUAAUUAUCCGGAUAUAAAUUUGCUGACUAAAGCCAAUAGUAAGUCAACUACUCGACCAUCUAUGCAGUCGUCAUAUAUGCCUAAACAGUAUAUGUCUAACCAUACGUCCAUUGAAUUGCACCGGCAGUUAGCUAACUAUUCAGCUGAACUACAGUCACUAUCCGGCGAUUAUCUAACAAUAUUUGCUGGACUAAUGCGACCGAAAAGUUGCGGUACUAUUAGAUUGAAAACCCUAAACAUUUCAGAUCAACCUAUAAUUGAUUCACAAUUUCUAUCGAAUCCUAUCGACAAAUAUCGGCUCCGGGAGGCUAUUCAGGAAGCAUUUCGUUUAGUCGAAACAACCAGUUUCUCCGAAUACGUCCAAAUCAGUCGCCUACCCGUACCACCAUGUAGUUACUGUCCUAGUGGUCCUGUCUACCAGUGUAUCAGUUAUCUGGAUUGUCUGAUCUAUAACUGGGCCUACAAUCAGUAUCAUCCGGUCGGCACCUGUCGUAUGGGUGACCAGAACCGAUCGGAUACGGUAGUCGAUCCGCGAUUGCGUGUCAUAGGUGUCCGCGGGUUGCGUGUAGUCGACUCGUCCGUCUAUCCCGACAUUAUGAACGGCAAUACAGCGGCGGCCGCUUUGUUGGCCGGAGAGAUGGGCGCCCGACUCAUACAUGAAGAUAAUACUAUUGAUGACAACAAUCAAUACAAACAACUUAACGAUAAUAAUAAUAUUGAUAUUAAUAAUAAUACUAUUACCAUCAAUUGCAAUACUACUCGAUGA